AUGGUUGAUGAUACAUACUACAUCACACCGCAUGAAGCUGCCCUUGCAGUGGUAGCCACGGCGAUGAAAAAGGCAAGAUUGCAAAUAGAUACACUGAUAGUUAAUUCACUUGUUGGUGGUAUCUUUUUCAGUUCCGGAGCUGCGUUAUACAUUGCCAUCCAUUCCGAUAAUCCGAAAUGGUUAGAUGAAAAUCCGGGGAUAUUGAACAUGAUGGGGAGCAUGUGUUUUGGGUUAGGGUUGUUCUAUGUCGUUAUUAUGGGUGUGGACUUGUUUAAUUCCAAUAUUUUAUUCUUCUCCGUCGGUGUAUUGAGAGGGGCUGUUACUAUUUAUGAUUUAUUGGUUUCCUGGAUUGUCUCAUGGUUAUGUAAUAUUGGUGGGACUUUAUUCGUAUCCUAUCUGUUUAUUCAUGUGAAUAAAGUGGGUUCAUCCGAAGAUUGGGUAAAAGGGUCCAUUUUGAUUGCUGAGGGGAAGGCCUCCUUUUCAUUUAUGGAAUCAUUCUUGAAGGGGAUAGCUGGGAACUUUUUUGUAGCAUUGGCUAUUUAUUUACAACUAUUGGCAAAGCCUACCCAUGUUAAAUUAUUAUUAGUGGGAUUACCGAUUUUUACGUUUGUUACCAUUGGUUGGUCUCAUGCCGUGGCCGAUAUGACGUUAAUGUACGUUGGUAUGUUAAAUGGUGCCAAUGUGUCCGUUGGCGAAUAUAUUUGGAAAUUGUUAAUUCCUGUCUCCUUGGGAAAUAUUAUUGGAGGGAGUGCCUUUGGACUUAUCGUUCCAUUCUAUCUACAUCUUGUUGUAGUGGAACGUGACAGAAAGAAGUUGAAGUUACCUGAAUAUGAAGCUAGAGAUGAACAACCUGAAUUAAACAUGGAUUCCAGAGUGGUUAGAGUGAAGCCCUUCGAGAGCCCCGUUGCUCACUUGGGUUCCAUAGAUUCAGCCUCGUCUUCAGACGAUGAAUCCUCUUCGGAUGGUGACAUUAAUGAAAAAUACGGCACUAACGAAUCAUCUUUAACCGUGCAAAAUGUUAAGCCUGCAACAUUAUCUUCUACCUCGGCACUAUCACCAUAUUCUAGUAUGGUGUCAUCCUCUGCCGGGUCCAUAAAUUCCCAAUAUGAAGUGGCACCAUCUCCAUAUAGACCAACUCCGAUAUCUGUUCAGAAAUCACCAAUUGAUUUAUCUAGAUGUACCACUUCAAGGACAGCUACUGCUGACACAUUGCGUAAGAGCAAAACUAAGGGUAGCAGAUCUAGAAGACAUUCUUUUGCUUCAUUACGCUCUCCUCCUGGUGUUUUCCCUGUGAGAGGUAUGGGUGAACCGUUAGCUAGGGAGAAGACUAUUGAAAAUUCCAAUUAUAUACCUACGACGAAAGAGAUGGAAAAGGAGAAAGUCGAAGAGGAAAAAGAGGAAGAAAUACGUCUUAAGAGGACAUCGACUAAUAUGGGGAUAAAAAGAACUAUAACACGAGUGUUGACAAGGAAAGAUGAUGAGGACGGUGAUACUGAAGAACGUAGGGCUGAACAUAAACCUGAAUAUAAUGCAGAAGAGGAUAAACCUGGUGCUAAAUUGGGGAGAGCUAUUACAAGAUUAGUGGAGCGAACUCCUAGUGCACAGAAGGUUGUAAAUAAUGAUGAUAUGACGUUGCCGAUGACAACGCAAGAUACUUUCCCUCAUAAUUCACCAGAAAAAUGUCGGAGUUAUAAUGACCGAGAUUCGUUAAGGAAAAAGGCAUCUAUCAACAGUUUACUGAGGAAAGUGUCACGACAAUUUGAACCUAGUAAUGCUGAAGAGAUUAGGAGAGAAUUAUCCAAUUCUGGUGUGACACCUAGGGCAGCCAUGGCGGCUCAAAAUGUUGCUGGAAUGGAGAACUUUAAUAGAUUUGAUACUCGUUCUGACGAGGAAUCUAGUAUCGAUUCACUUUCCAAUAAUCCUAAUUAUAAUGGAGAUUAUGGAGAUGAUUAA